AUCUUGGCUGCGGACAGCGAAAGCUUCUGGAAAAAGCCGCAGGAACCGCCUGUCGUUGGAGCGGCGCCUCCGCCUCUCCCCCCCCGGACCCCCGACACCGCAGCUACCGCGACACAACAUGGAAACCAUGGCAAGUCCGGCAAAAGAAAAUUAUCGAAUGAAUCGUUACAAGAAUAAAGCACUGAAUCCUGAAGAAAUGCGAAGAAGGCGAGAGGAAGAGGGAAUUCAGCUCCGCAAACAAAAGAGAGAACAGCAGCUGUUUAAAAGACGAAAUGUGGAAUUCAUCAAUGAAGAGUCUCCGCUGUUUGAAAGCCCUCUCAUGGACUCCUACGUCAGCUCGACGGGAGCAGGGGAAGGAGUUAUCACGAGGGAUAUGGUACAGUUGCUUUUCUCUGAUGACGAUGAGCAGCAGCUAACCACAACUCAGAAAUUUCGGAAAUUGCUCUCCAAAGAGCCUAAUCCUCCCAUUGACGAGGUAAUCAAUUCUUCUGGUGUUGUGGAAAGAUUUGUGGAAUUUUUGAAAAGGCACGAAAAUUGCACACUACAGUUUGAAGCAGCGUGGGCUUUGACAAACAUAGCCUCUGGUACAUCCCUCCAGACCAAGGUUGUCAUCGAGGCUGGUGCAGUUCCAAUCUUUAUUGAGCUGUUAAAAUCUGACUUUGAGGAUGUACAAGAACAGGCGGUGUGGGCCCUGGGGAACAUUGCAGGGGACAGUGCUGUCUGCAGGGACUUUGUGCUGCACUGUGGCAUUCUGCCACCUUUGUUACAUUUAUUGACAAAGUCCAAUAGACUCACUAUGACGAGGAAUGCUGUGUGGGCUCUGUCAAACCUGUGCAGAGGGAAGAAUCCGCCUCCUGAGUUUGAAAAGGUUUCUCCCUGUUUGCCGGUGUUGUCCAGGUUGCUGUUCAGCAGUGACCCUGACUUGCUGGCUGAUGCUUGUUGGGCAUUAUCCUAUCUGUCAGACGGACCCAACGAAAAGAUCCAGGCAGUUAUCGACUCUGGGGUCUGCAGGCGAUUGGUAGAACUUUUAAUGCAUAAUGAUUACAAAGUUGCAUCACCAGCGUUAAGAGCUGUGGGUAAUAUAGUCACUGGCGAUGAUAUCCAAACACAGGUGAUUCUAAACUGCUCUGCCUUGCCGUGCCUCCUGCAUUUGUUAAGUAGUCCAAAGGAAUCCAUAAGGAAGGAGGCAUGUUGGACCAUUUCAAAUAUUACAGCUGGCAACAGAGCACAGAUUCAGGCUGUGAUUGAUGCAAACAUUUUCCCAGUGCUGAUCGAUCUUCUUCAGAAGGCAGAGUUUCGGACAAGGAAAGAGGCAGCGUGGGCUAUCACUAAUGCAACUUCUGGAGGAACCCCAGAACAGAUUAAGUAUCUUGUGAACCUUGGUUGUAUUAAGCCUCUGUGUGACCUCCUGACAGUAAUGGACUCGAAAAUAGUUCAGGUCGCCCUGAAUGGCUUGGAAAACAUUUUACGACUGGGAGAACAGGAAGCCAAACAGAAUGGAACUGGGAUCAAUCCAUAUUGUAGCCUUAUUGAGGAAGCCUACGGUCUGGAUAAAAUAGAAUUUCUACAGAGCCACGAGAAUCAGGAGAUCUAUCAGAAGGCCUUUGAUCUCAUCGAGCAUUACUUUGGCGUGGACGAGGAGGACAGCAAUAUUGCCCCGCAGGUGGACGAAACCACCCAGCAGUUCCUCUUUCAGCAGCAGGAAGCCCCAAUGGAGGGUUUCCAAUUGUAAAGUCUGUGUGGCGAAAUACACAGCCACAGACUCUUUCCCACCCCCCCACCACAUUUGGUUGAAUUGCCCCCUCUUCUCCCCAUCCCCACCCACCCCACCACCAACUUGAAUCGGGUCACUGGAAACCACAUUCGUUUUCUUCUAUAAGCAGAUAUUUUUGAGGAAAAAUGAAUUUGUUUUAGACAAAAUCAAGUACUUACUCCUUAGUUAUUUCGAGGGGUGGAAUUUUGCAGGGUAAUUGUUGCACUUUCCCUUUAGUUUAAUUGAUUAGUGUUGCUUCAGGACUCAGUAUUUUUCAGUUUGUGCAACAUACCUCAAGCACCUACAAACGGCAAUUCUCCCAGCGAUGAAGCUAGACAAAAUCUCGUACAAUAAACUUCAUUCUGGUAAUCAUUGGAUGAAAUGUGAAAUUUCAAAAUGAUACUUGCAAUCUAAUUUUCCACAGUGGUAUCAUAUCUCUAGUUGGAAAAUCUGAGUUCGAUGUCUGAUACGACUAACAUUCAUUAAAAAAAAUGUUGCUUGAGUAAUAAGUGAAGUAAUCCAUUAGGCAAAUUAUUGCCUUUUAUGAAUGACAGCUACUUUAUUCAGGUAAGCAUGCCAUUGGAACAAUUGGAUCUUAGCGUCUGCAGGUUUGGGGAAGAAUUGUCCUUUGAGCGGAUCUGUAUUUGUAGAGAUGUAUUUUUUUUUCCCACGUGCGGGAAGGUGGGGGGGGGUUAAAGAAAGAGCUUAAAAUAUUUCCGUGAAUAUAUAGAAAACUAGGCAAUGCAUCUGUUUUAGAAGAUUUAGUCCUAGAAAUUCAGUAGAGUCUAUAAUGAGCAAGCUUGUGCUAAUUCUCAGUUUUAUUUGAACUUAAUGGAAUAAUUCUUUGGCUGGUUGCAAAUAGCAUAAAUCAGUAGAGGAGCCAAGAUUCUGAUUUCGAUGUUCAGAGCUGUGGAUUUAAGAAGCAAAGGAAUUCAGGAAUUGGCACAAUCAAUAUAUCAAGGAGUUUAAGUGUAUAUUUGCUACUGGUAGAGCUGCUUUAAGCGGUAAUGAAACCGAGUCGGGUUUACUUGAUUAUGGUUUAAUUUAAACAUUCUAAUUUGAUUUCUGUGUUUUGUUUUGCUCUUUGGAAAGAGGGAAGGUUGGAGUUUUUUGGGGGUUAGUGGUUUGGAGAAAGUAGCUGACACAGUAGUUAAAUAUAUGAAUAUAUAUAUAUAUAUCUAAGUUGUGUGCUGUGUUAAUGAAAAAUAGAAGUGCCUGACCUUUCCAGGUAUUGCAUUAGGACAGCUGCUGAUUAUGUAUUUAACAAAAGUUAUACAUUUUUGGUAAGUCUUAAUUUGACCAGAGAUCUGAUGAUAUUUAAUGUGCAUAUUAGAAGCUGUAGUAUGCAAACCUGGAAACUUCAGUCGCCUUCAUUCAUGUUAUGUUAAGAUAAGGAAUAUAUUCAGCCCUUGCCAAGCAGCCAAGAGCCAAGCUUUGUAGCUCUGGUUCGUCAGCCUCAGCCCUAGCUUAUUACGUAGCAUUAUUGCAAUAGAAUUAGAGAACUUCUUUAGCCAAAAUGUUAACCUUCCUAUCUGUAGACUUCUUUCCCAAGCUUCUUUCAGAAGUUCCAACCUUACUUGAAUUUUUAUACUACAUCCUAUUCUAGGUUUGUCUCUGGUAUUAUGCUUUUACUGAAUAUUUGCUGUUAAAGAUCUUACAUAGUAAUUGCAAUAACCGGAGAUGCAUGUCUUGUUUACUUGCGAGAUCAGAUUCAGCUUGGAUGAAAGAUCUCUCUGGUGUUUAGACUUGCCACUGUCCUGCAACAAUAUGAAGACAUUACUGUGUCACGCAGGUCAGGAGACGAGUGUGGAUUAAAAUCAGACACUUCACUGGCCAGGCACAUUAGAUUUCUUUAGCUCUUUAAUUGUUUUUUGAUGGGAUUUUACAUUCCAGAAUUAAACUAAAUCAAGCCACAAUAUGUUUGGAAAACAAAAUGAAAUUUGCACCAGUGUAAAUAAGAUUGUGCUGAACCCUACCUCAUCUCCACGUUGCCCUUUGGAUUCAUGUCACCUAUAUUUUAAAAAAAAGUCGGCUUGCUAGUGACACAGUGGAGAAGGGAAAGAUAACAAACUUAAAACAAUUGUACAAAUCCGGGCGAACUUUGGUGAGAAAAUGGAAUGAAUGUUGAUCCGAGCAUUUUUGGAACCUCAUGGCUGAUAACCUUAUGCUUUAGCAAGGGAAUAGUUGUCUACAUUCUAACAAAUGUUAUAACACCUUUUUGCACACAUCACUGCAUACAUGCAGACAUGCCAGCAUACAGUUUCACACACCUUUGCAUCUGCAGCAUUAGAAGAAAUGGCUUCCAUAUUGAAUACUGGUGUCCAAAUGUACAUGAUACGAAUUGGGAAGGAAAUCUUUCAGUUUGAACCGGGGAGACUUCUUUAGUAAGAAAAAAAAACUGUGAAUCUUAAUUGUUAAAUUCUUUUAAACACUGAAAAUGGAAGCCAUUUUUCUCUACCUCUGCCAUUGCGAUUCGCUUUGCCGUGGAGGGCAGACAGAUCACACCACAGACAUUAGGGAUUGACAAAAUGGAACCAUAGUGAACUGAACUUGGACAUUCUGAAAGUGUACCUCACUUCAUGUGUUCUUUGAGGAACAACAGACGUUUUUGCAGCUACUGUUACUGAAAUCUUUAGUCCACGUGUGGUAGCUGUGCCUGCAUCAGAAAAUGGCAACGCGUUUAGAUGAAUAGUUCUGGUUACUUGAUGAAAAUUGUGUUGACAUGAUUUACUGUCCAGUGGGAGACGGCAGAUGUCCAUUUUUGUUUUGAGGGAGACGAGAGGAUUAAAGUGAGACUGUUGGGUGCAAAGUGAUAUGCACCAGAGGUAAUUUCAAAGUGCUUCAAUACUGUACUUUGAAAAUAUUGUAUAAAUUUCUUAAGUAAUUAAUUCUCACUUUGAAUGCUGCAGAGUUUAGCAGCUUUGAAAGUGAAACAAUUGUGAAUUCCUUUCUUUUUUUCCCCCUUCCCCAAAAAACAAGGGAUUCAGAUCAACGUAACUUUUGCAAUGGCCUACCCCAGUUUAACUUGGUUCUAUUUUUCGUGUCCCUAACCGACCUGUGUGACACUGACUGACUGAAAAUGUGUGAUGUGAUGGAGAGUUUGGAUUGUGUACUUUCCAUUGCGUCAGUGAAGACAAAAGUUUCUCUCUCUCUAAAUACAAACAAAUUCCAAAUUGUAGGAAUGGGCUCAGAACCAGAUAUCAAAAUGAGCAUUUCCAGAUUGUUAAACCGCUUCUACUAGUUGAGUGACUUAAUAACGAUUUCCUUCUGACAAGUGAAUCUAAGGUCUAUUCCAUCCUACUUCUGUUGCAGGAAUACUUUCAUAGAUGUGCUGUAACUUGAUUCCCUCCCAGAAUCUUGAAAACCGUUUAGUCAGUGCUCAAAAUUGGCCAAUUUUGGCAUAUAUUAUGAAUCUAAAAAAAAUUGCACAACAUUCCUUUACUACAAUCCCUGUUUUAUGUUGAUGUAGUACAAGAAUGAGUUAAUUCUUAGGGCAAUUAAUAUAAUCUUUAGAUUUUUUUUGAGUGACUAACUGGUACUUUUCUGAAUAUAAUUGCAUUUUGAAAACUUUCUUGGCAGACCAACACGAUCUAUAUCUAAUGUUUUAGCCCUUUCACCACCAGCUUAGAACUAAAUAUAUUUUUUAAAUGCCUCCAGGAUGGUGCAGCAUUAAUAUGCGUUAGAUUUAGGUUUAAAGUUUCCCUAUAUAACUCCAGAAAAUGUCAUCCUAACUAUAGUAUUCUGUAUUCGGAAGAAUGUAUGUCUUGGAUGCUAUGCAUUUACAAUUUUUCAAAUAGUUGAAUCAUAAACAUUGAGCUCGCCACAUCAGUAAAAAGGUGCUGUUAAUAAUAAAAAAAAACAGGUUGGUGAAGGGUUUAGUGGUAUUUUGCCACGAAAGUCAGGUGCACUUUCGGCCUCUAGUUUUGCUGGUAAAAUAUUUCACACUUUAAUGAUUUUGAAACAUUUAACAUCUGCUGCCAGAAAUACAAAAAUGUGCGUUAAGCAAUUAAAGAUUCUGUUAUUUCUUUAUUACCUCUCAACUCUUGGGGCUCAGUGGAGGUCACCACAGAGAGGUCUGUGUGGAGGAGUUGCUUCUGUGCCCAGCUAUACCUCGUAUGUUGGUGGCAGCUGUUAACAAUAGAUAUUUUAAAUUUCACUAUAAAUCUACAGUGAACAAAUAGUACAGCAAAUAUUUGUCCAGGAUAUGGUACAUAAUUUCUACACACGAAAAGAGAAACCUUAUAAAUUGGUACCAAUAGCAUUUCAAACUAGUACAAUAUUGCCAUUGAAAGCUCAGAGCUUCCAUUUGCCAACUAUGCAAAUUUUGCUUGAGGCCUUCUGACCAGGGUCCCCAUCUUUAAUCUUUCUAUGUCUACGACGCUUGUCUCUUUUGUCAAUAGGGGAUUUUUGUACAGUUUUCUACUGAUAUUUUGAUGUAUAAUACUUAAAAAAAACAAAACAAAUUGUGCAAUUUGGCGGAGAAAGAGUUCCAGUUUAUAUUGUUAAUUGGAACCGGUAUAAUUUUUGAACGAUUCUGAUGCUGGGAAUCAGUGCUGCCUCAGUGUAGGUACAUCCCAGAAACAGUCCAUUUACAAAUUUAAUUAAAAAAAACAAAGCUGCUACACUUUAUGGGGAAUAACUUCUGUAUUGUGAACGUUGUAAUUUCAUUAUUUAUUUUACAGAAGUUUUUUUUGCCCACGUUACUGCACUUGUAGCCUUCCAUUGCAAAGUCGCAGCAUCAGACUUUUUGCAGAACAAAAAAAAUUACAAAUGCACUCCUGUUCUUUAUUCACGCAAGUGCCAACCCGACCAUGAGUCUUCGAGGAUUUCUUUGUAUCUUCGCGGUCUUUACAAUUUUAUUUUACUUGAAUCUGCACAUUUGUUUUGGAUAUGUGCAAACAUGCUGCUUUUUUUUGUUCCUCCAAAUGCCACAACCACAUUACUUAAGACGUUAAGCGUGGCAACCAUUAGUAUUAUAUGCACUAAUCUAUUGAUUAGAAAGGAAAUCGGAAUAUAGUUAAUAAUUGAUCACGAAUUAGAAAAUCCGACUCAGCAGUGUGCACCUGUGGCCACAGUUUUUUUUUUUCAUUUUCUGGUUUGCAAACAACUGUAGGAGGAUUAAAUUUUACAAGAUUUUUUCUUGAUGAAUAUGUAGUUUAAAAAAAAAUGCAUUACCCCAAAAAAUUGCAUUUGUUCUAUUUAUUUUCAUACAUGGUUUAUUAUAUAAGAGAUUUUUUUACUUGUUCUUCUACAGAUGUUUGCAAAUUUAAAUGCUGUGUCCAAAUCGCUGUUCCACAAAACUUGAAUAAAAUCAGUUCUCUUUUCUCUAGAUUUUUUUUCUCUUAUCUUGGGAAGGUGUGUUAACCGCCCAUAAUGCUUUUGACAGAUGACGGACUUGACAGUUGACUGUAUGAAUGUGUGAUGACUGAAGCAGACUGCACCAACAGAACACGACACACAAACAUAACACAAACAAAAGCAAUUACAAAUUGUUUUCUUUGUUUAAAACACUGUAAUGUACUACAAGUAUGAAAUAAAUCUUGUUGCAAAUCUGUA